UAUUAACACAGGUACACUACUGUUUACUGCAUAUACGUUGUCAAGAUGGCAGCGAAUCAUCAACAGAUUUGUACGCUCUGUUCGGAAGAAUUUACUCAACCUAAGAUUCUUCCUUGUUAUCACACAUUUUGCCAGAACUGUCUAGAGGAUCAUAUGAAGGCGCACGUUCAUCUCAACAAGUUCUUCUGUCCUGUUUGUAGAAAAGACACGGAAGUUCCAAAAGACGGGGCCAGUGGAUUUACAGCCAAUUUCUAUGUCGUAGAUAAGAAUGAUAAGCAGAGAUGUCCACUACAUAAACAAAUGGUACUUAAAUUUUAUUGUCGUGAUUGUUCCAAACCUGUCUGCUAUGACUGCAAUGUCGUGGGUCACGAAAACCACAAGAAAGUCGAUCUUGAAGUUGUUGGGGUAGAAGCCAGGGAAACGCUGUCAACUCUAAAACAGACACUGACCAAAUUGCUUCAAGAUAUACAAGUUUUCUGUGAUACACUUACCCACCAGAUAAAGGAUAUCAAAUACUCAGGCGUAAAAGCCCGUACAGAUGUCGAUAUACAAGUGGCAAAAAUUUGCACCACAGCCAAACAGCAUGGCGAGAAAGUGAAACAUGACAUUAAGAACAGAGAGGAUGAAGAAAUUGCCAAGGCCAUGAAAUUGCUGGAUGACAUGAAACAUGUCCAAGAUCAACUGCGGGAGAAUGUACAAUGUUCAGAUGAUUUGUUGAAGAGAGAAGCAACUAUUCCAGUGAUAGAUGCUUUACCUGCGGCCCAAGCGUUGACAGACGAAGUUAAAGUCAAACAUUUAGACUUCCCGGAGAUGAGGCAUCCAUAUUUUCCCAAGUUGAAGAUAGACGAACAGUGCUUACAGCAGCAAAUUGGCCAAAUGAAAACCAUAUCGUCAAAAACUUUCACAUCGACUUUUAGUGCCGGUUUGAUGGAUGAAACAGAUCGGUCGUGUGAUGGUGGUAGCGUACAGAUACAAGGGCUGCCAUGGAAUGUGCGUGUACAACAUAACAUAGCUAAAUCAACAUUAAGUAUGUUCUUGAAGCUGGGAAAUACAGGUGAUGAAAAUGUCAAGUCCUGUAAAGUUCGUUACACCUUCAAACUGAUUAACACGUUGGAUGACAGCCAGUCUACAGUACGCACGACUGACCACACAUUUACACCAGACGGUGGCAACUGGGGCUGGAUUGAUUUCAAGGAUUGGAAUUUCGUUCAGAAUAAGGAAAAUUAUAUUGUGGAUGUUGACGACAUGUUUACUGUUCAGACAACAGUAAAAGUAUUAAACAUAGAACAAUAAACUGAACAUGUAGGACUGGAAUUACCCAGAUGGUAUUCACUCGGUGGUAGGUUUGUUCUACAAAGAACACCAUCUCUUUUAUUUUAGAAUAUCCCCUAAUUAACCAAGUACUAAAUAUUCAUAUAAAAUAGUUAGUGUUUUAUGUUUUUUUAUGAACUAUAUAUAUAUAUAUGUAUUCGUAAUUUACAUUUAUUUUGUAUGUAAACGUUUUCAGUUUUCAUCGUUGGGUGUGUUAUUGGCGUGUAGCAUUAAACUUAAGAAGUUGAUCCAUUUUGUUUAUUUGCCUGUAAUAUUAUUUGAUUCUCAUCCAACUGUAUUCACUUUCUCCAUAAAUGCAUAAAUGUGACGUCUGGUCGAUGCCAACCAGAGCAAAUUUUACAAAAUUUUUGAAUCAAAUUAAUAUAAUAUAGCUAUUUUAUCAUUUCAUAUUGUCAGGUCAACUGUAUAUAUAAUGUGUGGAAACUAUGACAACAGGCCAAAUAAAAUCUUCCUUGUAGAAACCUGGGCGCGAGAAAUUGUUUGAAAAACUGACUAUAAAUAGUGCUUUCUAUAUGUACACGACAAGGUUGUCUAAGUUUAUGACAAGGUUUGGGGGCGUCUGUGUAACACUAGUGCUUUUAUUCUUUUUUCAUGGAACCACUUUUACAUAUAUAUACAUAAAUAUCUGAAGACGUUCGAUAAAGAGCUGACAAAUAUCUGAAGACGUUCGAUAAAGAGCUGACUAUUAUGAUUUGAUGUAUAUAUCAGAAUAAAGAAGUAAAAUUGGG